AUGAAAAUUCAUGUUGAAGACGCGAUUGCAGGUAAAUUCGAAUAUUCUGGUAUGUUAAACCCAAAGAAUUCUCCGUACAAAUCAGCUUUUCAUUUUUUGCAGGGUUUUCAAAAAAUAUAUAAGCAAUUUUUUCCGCAAGGUGAUCCAUCUGAUUUUGCAUCAUUCGUUUUCAAAGUUUUCGAUGAAAAUAAGGAUGGUGCAAUCGAAUUUCAUGAAUUUAUCAGAGCUCUAUCAAUUACAUCAAGGGGUAAUUUGGAUGAAAAAUUACACUGGGCUUUUAGAUUGUAUGAUUUGGAUAGUGAUGGUUUUAUAACACGUGAUGAAAUGUUAUCAAUUGUUGGAAGUAUUUAUAAAAUGGUUGGUACAACGGUAAAAUUACCAAAAGAGGAAAAUACACCGGAAAAACGAGUUGAUCGAAUUUUCAGAAUGAUGGAUAAGAAUAAUGAUGCUCAGCUAACAUUGGAAGAAUUUAAAGAAGGCGCAAAAGCAGAUCCAUCUAUUGUUCAUGCCUUGUCGCUUUAUGAAGGAAUUUCCAGUUAA